ACCGCCCUCAUGUCCCUCCCUCCCGACUACUCCAACGAAAUCUCCACCCUCGACCGCGAAAUCCUCAAACACAAGCCUCACGACAUCCUCCAAUUCUGUGCCAAUUUCUUCAACCGCCGCCUCGAGUCGCAGCGAACAGAGUACCUGCUGUCGCAACAGCACGCCAGCCAUCAGGGCCGUGCCGAGAACAGCUUCCCGGGCAACAACCCCUUUAGCACCUCGCCCAGCAGCGGCAGCAGCUUUGCAAAGACGACCAUGCACCGCCUCGAGGAAGAAGAGGAGAACGACACCAUGACGUCGCCCACAGCCUCGACCUUUGCUGCCGUCGACUUUGCCCGCGCCCGCAACAACGGCAACCUGGGCGGCAGCCUGAGCCCCAACAACAUCACCCAGAUGCCGCCGCUUGUCGGAGACGGCCAGACCUUCCCCAACAACUACAACACCAACAGGCGCACCUCCGUCUCGGCCGAGUCCCUCAACCCCACCUCAAGUGCCGCCGACAACUUUACCCCGCCCUUUCAUCAGAAGACGCCCGACCAGCUGUCGCGUCUCAAGUCGGCCGUCUCUGGCAACUUCCUCUUCUCACAUCUCGAUGACGACCAAUCCUCAAUGGUCCUUGGUGCCCUGCACGAGAAGCCGAUACCAACAAAGGGCAUAAAGGUCAUCCAGCAGGGUGAUGUCGGAGAUUACUUCUACGUCGUCGAAAAGGGCUCAUUCGACAUCUACGUCAACCAGUCGGGAAAGCUCGAAGCAGGCGCUGAAGGUGCUGGCAACAAGGUGGGCACUGUCGGUCCCGGCGGCUCCUUUGGCGAGCUGGCUCUCAUGUACAAUGCGCCCCGUGCCGCCACAGUGACCUCGACCGAGCCAUCAACCCUCUGGGCACUCGACCGCAUCACCUUCCGCCGCAUUCUCAUGGACAGCGCCUUCCAGCGUCGACGCAUGUACGAGGGCUUCCUCGAAGAGGUCCCCUUGCUGUCCACCCUGACGCCCUAUGAGCGUUCAAAGAUUGCCGACGCUCUUGAAACCAAAAAAUACCCGCCCGGAACAACCAUCAUCCAAGAAGGCGAUGUUGGAGAGUCGUUCUUCCUGCUCGAGUCUGGAGAAGCAGAGGUCUUCAAGCGCGGCAUUGAUGGUCCUGUAAAUCAAUAUCAAAAGGGCGACUACUUUGGUGAAUUGGCUCUGCUCAAUGAUGCGCCCCGUGCUGCCUCGGUCAUCAGCAAGACCGAGGUCAAGGUCGCGACUCUUGGCAAGAACGGCUUCCAGCGACUGCUGGGACCUGUCGAGGGCAUCAUGAGGCGAAACGACCCUACCAAGUCGGUAUCCGAAGGCGACCACGUAGAUCCCCUCUCCUAGGCCUCGUAACCCCAUUCACCGCCAUCCCUGCGACACCAACAUGUUAACACCUGGGCAAAGGGUCAAAUAUCAACGUUAUGAAAACACAAGGGAAUCUGGGUAUUCGAUAUGUGCCUUGAUGUGGUGCUCUCUCUCUCUCUCUCUCUUCGGCGUUGUCGCAUGUAUUCCUACGCUUCCUACUGUCACUAAACAUUGUCUACCGUGAUGGAAGAGAAAAGGCUUUUGUUUCCUCGAGCAUAAUGGGCUUUAGUUGUGUGCUGCUCUGUUACCUAUACUCCAUUGCGUAUGAUAGUCAUGACUUAGACUUAUGCAUCGAUACUUUGAUUGGGUCGAUAGUUAAGUUGUGACGUGUCGCAAUGUAUUUCAGAUGCUUUUUUUUCUAUUAUGUCUUUUGUAUGCAAGCAUCGAAUCCUUCAAUGCA